AUGGGUGUGCUCAGUAUAGCACUGUGCCUUACGUCCAUAAUGUGGAUGGUGGAGGCUCGAAUUCCCGGAGUUUACACCGGCGGCGCGUGGCAAAGUGCUCACGCCACCUUCUACGGAGGAUCGGAUGCUUCCGGCACCAUGGGGGGAGCUUGUGGGUAUGGAAACCUGUACAGCCAAGGGUACGGAGUGAACACGGCGGCGUUGAGCACAGCACUGUUCAAUAAUGGCUUCAGCUGCGGCGCGUGCUUUGAGAUAAAAUGCGCAAACGACAAACAGUGGUGUCACUCCGGAAGCCCUUCCAUCUUCAUCACAGCCACUAACUUCUGUCCUCCGAACUACGCUCUUCCGAACGACAAUGGCGGGUGGUGCAACCCCCCUCGCCCUCACUUCGACCUCGCCAUGCCCAUGUUCCUCAAAAUCGCCGAAUACCGCGCCGGCAUCGUACCUGUCGCCUACCGCAGGGUACCAUGUAGAAAGCAAGGAGGGAUAAGGUUCACGAUCAACGGUUUCCGUUACUUCAACUUGGUGCUGAUCAGCAACGUGGCGGGUGCAGGGGAUCUGGUGCACACCUACGUGAAGGGGUCGCGAACUGGGUGGAUGCCGAUGAGCCGGAACUGGGGUCAAAACUGGCAGUCAAACGCGGUUUUGGUGGGACAAGCUUUGUCCUUCAGAGUCACCGCCAGUGACCGUCGCUCCUCCACCUCUUGGAACAUUGCUCCACCCAGUUGGCAAUUUGGUCAAACUUUCACCGGAAAAAACUUUCGUAUCUGA